AUGAUGAGUCUACCUGGUGUUGACCAGACCACUCACCAGGGUCCGCCUGGUGUUGACCAGACCACUCACCAGGGUCCGCCUGGUGUUGACCAGACCACUCACCAGGGUCCGCCUGGUGUUGACCAGACCACUCACCAGGGUCCGCUUGGUGUUGACCAGACCACUCACCAGGGUCCGCCUGGUGUUGACCAGACCACUCACCAGGGUCCACCUGGUGUUGACCAGACCACUCACCAGGGUCCGCCUGGUGUUGACCAGACCACUCACCAGGGUCCGCCUGGUGUUGACCAGACCACUCACCAGGGUCCGCCUGGUGUUGACCAGACCACUCACCAGGGUCCACCUGGUGUUGACCAGACCACUCACCAGGGUCCGCCUGGUGUUGACCAGACCACUCACCAGGGUCCGCCUGGUGUUGACCAGACCACUCACCAGGGUCCGCCUGGUGUUGACCAGACCACUCACCAGGGUCCGCCUGGUGUUGACCAGACCACUCACCAGGGUCCACCUGGUGUUGACCAGACCACUCACCAGGGUCCGCCUGGUGUUGACCAGACCACUCACCAGGGUCCACCUGGUGUUGACCAGACCACUCACCAGGGUCCGCCUGGUGUUGACCAGACCACUCACCAGGGUCCACCUGGUGUUGACCAGACCACUCACCAGGGUCCGCCUGGUGUUGACCAGACCACUCACCAGGGUCCGCCUGGUGUUGACCAGACCAUUCACCAGGGUCCACCUGGUGUUGACCAGACCACUCACAAGGGUCCACCUGGUGUUGACCAGACCACUCACCAGGGUCCGCCUGGUGUUGACCAGACCACUCACCAGGGUCCACCUGGUGUUGACCAGACCACUCACCAGGGUCCACCUGGUGUUGACCAGACCACUCACCAGGGUCCACCUGGUGUUGACCAGACCACUCACCAGGGUCCACCUGGUGUUGACCAGACCACUCACCAGGGUCCACCUGGUGUUGACCAGACCACUCACCAGGGUCCGCCUGGUGUUGACCAGACCACUCACCAGGGUCCACCUGGUGUUGACCAGACCACUCACCAGGGUCCGCCUGGUGUUGACCAGACCACUCACCAGGGUCCGCUUGGUGUUGACCAGACCACUCACCAGGGUCCGCCUGGUGUUGACCAGACCACUCACCAGGGUCCGCUUGGUGUUGACCAGACCACUCACCAGGGUCCGCCUGGUGUUGACCAGACCACUCACCAGGGUCCGCCUGGUGUUGACCAGACCACUCACCAGGGUCCGCCUGGUGUUGACCAGACCACUCACCAGGGUCCGCCUGGUGUUGACCAGACCACUCACCAGGGUCCGCCUGGUGUUGACCAGACCACUCACCAGGGUCCGCCUGGUGUUGACCAGACCACUCACCAGGGUCCACCUGGUGAGUGA